AUGGGUACGGGAGAAGCCGUGAAGGAGUUGCUGCGGCGGCUGCAGGAGCUGCAGGGCGAGCGGGCCGAGGCGUACCGGCUCCUGGAGGAGGGCCACCGGGCCUACCUGAGCAGCGCUCCCCACUACGACUUCCCCCGUUACCGGCAGCUGGUGCACGAGAUCACGGUGGCCUUCAACGGCAUCUCCCGGGAGGUGCUGCUCAUCGCCGGCCGCCUACGGGACCAGCUCGCCCGCCCCGACCUGGCCCAGCACCUCGCCCACCUCCAGGAACGGGAGCAGGAGAAGCUGCAGCUGACGGCGCAGCUCCAGCUGGCUCGGCAGCAGGCACAGGACCAUCCUGAGGUGGACACCCAUCAGCAGGAGGUGCAGGAGCUCAAGCACAAGCUAAUUAAAACCAUUGAGGCAAUCAGCGAAAUUCUCCAGGACCUCAAGUACGAUUCGGAAGAAGUCGAGUGAUGGGUGUCCCCGUGGGAACGGCUGGAGGGGCCGGCUGGUGGAAGGGGGGCCCCGCUCCUGGCCUCUAAUGCAGCCCCCCCCUCCCCACCCCGGGGGCACACACACCAACCCCAGCAAGGUGGGCGUCUUCUCUUCACCCCCUUCUGGGGCUGGAAGGUGGUGGAGAACCCCCUCCCCAGGACCAGAGGGGUCCCCCUGAAUCCUGAGCAUCCCUGGGUGGAGGGGGGCUGGCGUGGGGGUGAUUUCCCCCCCCCAACAGCUCUGUGGGGCUUUGCCCAAGGCUAAACCACGACCCACAGCACCGAGGGGCUGCCUUGCUUCGAUCCCCAUCAGGGAUUGAGCCCCACAGGCAGCAGCCCCCCCCAAAAAAACCCACCUCUCCGAGCUCAGCUGUGCCCCCAGCCCCACAAGUGCCCCCUUUUUUU